GUCUGCGUGAUGACGACAUCGGGGAUGAUAUGAGGUGCGCUCUGUUUAUCUACCGGCGCCACCAGUUCAAUGCCUGGAACGCAUGGAAGGACAAAUGCCGCGGAAAGCCGAAGCCUUCCGUGGACGAAUGUUUUGUAGUGGGAAAAUGAUUGCAGCAAUGGUUUGAAAAUAAAUGUCCGGCACUGUGAGAUGUAACAUACUUCGGUACCAGAUUGGAGGUGCAAUACAUAUCACUCUUAUCUAAAUAUCUGUUAUCAUUUUUAAUUUGAGCGAUCGAUAUUGGAAGAUCGUUUGGAGGUCGAUUGGAGUACUACACACUUGUAUAAAUAAGCGUAAGGAAGAUGGCAAUACGCAAAGCGGAAAAUAUUUGCCAAAUCUUCUAUAUGUCGACACCGUCAGUGAGCAAACGCGGGCAAUGAAACAGAUCUUGCGUGGUGAGGAAUUUGGGGUAUAAGAUGAACAAUUUUGAAGGAAGGUAUUAGAAGAGUUUCAAAAUUACAUAAAUCCACAUGGAACUGUAUUUUGUGGCAGUCUGGCUGACAGUUUUGAGAACAAAUAGUUGAAAACUUUGCACCAAAUUUGAUCUGGUAAGGUUCAUAAUGGCGGCUAUGAAAGGCGAGAAUAAGCGAAUUGUAAUAGUUUAACUAUAACAAACUUCAUUUCAUUCGGCGGAGAGGGUUCAUUCAUUCACUUGUUGGCAUAAAACAGUCAAUGUUUUCAUAACAAAACAGGAAUUCCCAACUAUACAACUUCCCAAAGGAAUUCCCAAUGGAUGUUUGAUUACAACAUAAUGCAGCUGUGAGGGUGGGUAUGAUAAGCCUACCGAAGUUCGCUAUCAAUAUAUACACAAACUCAGCAAAAUCUCUGCAGUUUAGUUAUGUUACAAAGUGAGUAAUGAAUUUGAAUUAUGUUUACAUGAGCGAAGUAUAGUUGCAGUAAGAAAAGUGAUAUAAAAACUGGAGCUACCAUCAGAAAGCAAAUCAGUUUUGUGUUGCAGUUCUUCAGCAAGUGUUUUACAAUGAAGUUUGCUUUCGCAGUUUUGAUCGCCAUCGCUGUGAGCUGUUCCGUUGGUGAGGCUAAAACGUUUACCAAGUGUGAGCUGGUCAAAGCGCUGUACAGCAGGGGUAUUUCGAAGAAAUUGUUGCCGGAUUGGGCCUGUCUCGUGCAGUGGGAAAGCUCAUACAGUACCACGGCGACUCACAAAAACACCGACGGUUCGACCGACUAUGGCAUCUUUCAGAUCAAUAACGCAUACUGGUGUGACUCGCACUACGGAUCCAAUUUGUGCAAUAUACCGUGCCAAAAUCUGCUGACCGACGAUAUCUCAGAAGAUAUUAAGUGUGCCAAGAUGGUUUACAGCCACCAUGGAUUCAACGCCUGGUACGGGUGGGUGGACCACUGCAGAGGAAAAGCAUUGCCCGACAUCCGCGAGUGCUUCUAGUGCGCGUUCUUGCCUGUCCUACUCGGUACAAGUGCAUUGCUGCAGUCUGUCGUCAUCGGUUGUUGUAAAACCAUGCGGCAAUGACCAGCCAUCACAUUGAGCGAUAUAUUCUUAGCUACACCCCCGGUUGGAAAUAAUAACAACUUGCGCAAAUCGUA